AUGUCCUCAUACGCUGUUACGCAAGCUGAGGAAAGAGUCAUCAUCAAUUGGUGGUUCAACUUCACGAGAGGUAUUGGCUGUAACUGGCUAGUGGGUUUGGCUGUAUACCUCGCCACGAGUAGCAAGGACAACCUCUCCAAGAUCGUUGGUAUCUGGAUCCCCAUCUGGGCUUUUGUCGCACUGGGUUAUCAGCACUCCGUCGCCAAUUUCUUCCUUGUCCCCAUCGGAAUGUUUUACGGCACAAACUUCGGCGUCGGCAAGUUCACCUACCAAUCUAAUAUUCCUGUCACGUUGGGGAAUAUUGUUGGCGGUGCGGUCAUGGCGGGCGCUUUUCUGUGGUUCUUAUAUGGGCGAGAUGAUACAUUGGCUACAAAGACUGGGCAGCCUCUGAGCGGAGAAAGGAAGAGUAGAGGGAGGCAUGUGGCCAAUAGCUCUGGAUCUGAGGGGGAGACAGUGACAACAGAGAACCACGGGAGAAGCAGACGGGACGACAGUAUGGUUUAG